ACAUCUGUUCCGAGGCGAGAGGAGAGCCGCGGCAGCGUUUUUCCACUGUAACAUUACUGUAUGAGAGACUGCACCGACAAACAACGCCUCCUGCACGGCGUAGAUAGAUUAUUUUGAUUUAUUUGUAAUCCUAGUUGGUUGAUUUUUUUUAUUUGGCAGGGUGCUCCAGCUCGUCACCAUGACAGCCCUGUCGCUGCUUUUGAUGGCCGUGUCGGUCGCAUCUGUACUGGCUGAGUCCACUGUGUAUUUCCGAGAACAAUUUGAAGAUGGGGAUGCCUGGAAGAGUCGCUGGGUGGAAUCCAAGCACAAGUCGGACUACGGCAUGUUUGUCCUGACUGCAGGGAAGUUCUAUGGAGAUGCAGAGAAAGACAAAGGUCUUCAGACAAGCCAGGACGCCCGCUUCUACGCCAUGUCAUCCCGUUUUGAUGACUUCAACAACCAGGGCGAGCCUCUAAUCAUCCAGUUCACUGUGAAACACGAGCAGAGCAUUGACUGUGGUGGAGGCUACAUUAAACUGUUCCCCUCCAGCCUCAACCAGGAGGACAUGCAUGGAGACUCCGUCUACAACAUCAUGUUUGGUCCUGAUAUUUGUGGGCCCGGCACAAAGAAGGUUCAUGUCAUCUUUAACUACAAAGGCAAGAACCAUCUGAUUAACAAGGACAUCAGAUGCAAGGAUGAUGAGUACACUCACCUGUACACACUGAUUGUCAACCCUGACAACACUUACGAGGUCAAGAUCGACAAUAAGAAGGUUGAGUCUGGCAGUCUGGAGGAUGACUGGGACUUCCUGCCUCCCAAAAAAAUUAAGGACCCCGAAGCCAAAAAGCCAGAAGACUGGGAUGACAGGGAGAAGAUUCCUGACCCCGACGAUAAGAAACCAGAGGACUGGGACAAGUCCGAGAACAUCCCAGAUCCUGAUGCUAAGAAGCCUGAUGACUGGGAUGACGAGAUGGACGGAGAGUGGGAGCCGCCUAUGGUCACUAACCCUGAUUACAAGGGUGAGUGGAAGCCCAGAGAGAUCAACAAUCCUGCCUACAAAGGCAAGUGGAUCCACCCUGAGAUUGACAACCCGGAGUACACAGCCGAUUCUGAGAUCUAUAAAUACGACAGCAUUGGUGUGAUUGGACUCGACUUGUGGCAGGUCAAGUCUGGCACUGUCUUCGAUAACUUCCUGAUCACCAAUGACCCAAACCUGGCAGAGGAAGUGGGCAACGACACAUGGGGUAAAACUAAGGAUGCAGAGAAGAAGAUGAAGGAAAGCCAAGAGGAGGAGGAGAGAAAGAAACGCGAGGAGGAGGACAAGCAGAGGAGAGAAGAGGCAAAGGAGGAAGAUGAGGAGGAAGAGAAGGAUGAGGAGGAGGAGGAGGAGGAAGAUGAAGAAGAGGAUGAGGGGGAAGAGCAGGAGGAGGAAGAAGAGGACGAUGAAGGCACAGACUCUAAACUCAAGGAUGAGUUAUAAACUCCUUGCAGGAACUGCUCAGAAAAUAACCAGACUGUCUGUGUCAAUGAGCCAUUGGAACGAGGCUGGAGACUGAGAUGAUAGACCCUCAUAACUGACACCCUGGGUUGGGGGUUGGGUGGGAUGGGGGUUUUCGUUUCUUUGUUUGUUUACAAAGCAAGGGAGUAGGUGAAAAGGGGCAAUUAUUGGUCUGUUUCCAUGUGCUACUACUACUACUACUACUACUACAACUAUUAUUAUUAUUAUUAUUAAAUGAGGAAUAGUAAUAGGAAAAAAAUGAAGAUGUCAUAACGAAUGUCAAGACAGGAGAAAAUCAAAUUAAAUCGUUUCGCAGUUUAUACCCAACAGAAAUAUAUAAAUUGUCAUUUGCGUUCAGCAAAAAUCUGGGUUUUUAUGAAGUAUAAUGUUGUGGUGACAUGAAAAAAAAAAGCUAUGUUUGGUUUGUGGAUGAUACAAUGAAAAUGUUUUGUUUACCUCAUGUUUGUCUUAUUAAUCUGUGUCACAUUUUUGUUAUUUGAGGUUUUUUUUUUGUUAAUCUUUUGCAGUCAAGUCAUAUCACUUUGUCUCAAGAUCCCCUCGCGGUCCCAUUAUAAAGCUACGUCAAUCUCAAAGGAUUUGACAGGGUCGGGCAUCAUCAUGCAGGUUAUCUCGCCUGCUCUUAAUUAAACCGCUGAUUCAAACGAGGGUCAACAGCAUGGGGACAAGAGUGCAUCAGGAUUGACUAUAUUUGACAAUAAAGCCGUCGUCCAUAGGAUGGUAUUUUGGGGUGCUCUAAGAUUAAAUCCCUUGCAUAGUUUUGUACUGUAUAGUUAACACUUUUUCACUUCAAUGCACAUACUGUAGUCUUUCUGUGUCUAAAUAAACUGUGCUCAAAUUCAGAUGUACAUUAAAGAGCACUCCAGUAGCAGGAAAGCUUCCUUUCAUUUGGUACGUGUUCACUUUAGGUUUACUCGUAGUUGGCGUACACAACCAGUUUCCUCAUUUAUGAUGCUAAUAUCUCUGCACUGCUGUAACCCAACACACUGUCCCCAACAGUCUGAGAGAUGAUCCUUUUGUAAAAGACACAUUUUGUACUAAUGGUAGUAAUUGAAGCGGGACGAUUUUCAUGUUGCUGUGUAAAAAAACAAAACAAAGACAGGUGAUCUGUCCAAUAAAACAACCAGAAGAAAACAAA